AUGAUUACUGAUGUACAACUUACUGUUUUCUGUAACAUGCUUGGGAUCUUGUUAUUUUGUCUGGUAUUUCUAUUUCAUUACAUAAAUGCGAAUUAUUCAAAAUGAACGAACAUUUCUAUAUAUCGUUUCAAAAAACAUCAUAACAGUAUAUAGGUUAGUCGCAAAUUAUGCAGGCUACCUAUUGCAUUCCAUAUGAUGUAAAUCGUUCCAAUAACAUGAUACGAUAUUGAA